AUGGCACCAAACUCGCGAAUCUUCCUUACCAGACACGCCCAAGCCCAGCACAAUGUCGACCUUGAUUAUAUGGGCAAUCCCGACUCUCCUCUGACUGCCCUCGGCAAGAAGCAGGCUGCAUCUUUGGCACAUCAGAUUCCGCAGCUACAGCAGGAAGCCGACCUCAUCGUUUCUUCACCACUCAAGCGUACUUUGCAGACUACCAAGCUAGGAUGGGGUCCCGCAGUCGAGCGCCUGGGAGGCAUCAAGAAAGUCGUUACUCUUCCACAAGCUCAGGAAGUCAACGACUACCCAUGCGACACAGGAUCAUCCAAGGAAAUCCUCGAAGCCGAUCCAGAGUUUGCAGAAUUCGAUUUCUCUUCGCUCACCCCAGACUGGACCAGCAAACGAGGCUUCUGGGCCGACGAUGCUGGGACGGUGCGAAAGCGUGCCCAGUGGGUCCGCCAGUGGCUCAGAGAGCGCCCAGAAGCCAACAUCGUUCUUGUCGCUCACGGCGACAUCUUGAGAAGGAUCACCGGCAACGAGAGUGGACCAAGCACUUACAUGUGGAAGAACGCCGAAGUCAGAGAGUUCCCAUUCCGUCCUGACACCGUUGAGAAGGACGAAGCAUACCUUCACCAGGAGGAGAAUAUCGCCGCCGCUGGUGGAUAUGCACCAAGUUCGACAGAGGCCGAUAUCAUCCAGGCCGGUCAGGAGCAAAGAUUGUGA